AUGCAAGAUCCGGCGAACCCGAAACCGGAUCCGAGCUCUAGCUCUCAGGCCUCUCAGAGGCCACGCAUGACGACGCCGUUUCCGGACCCAAGUCCCAGCCUUUCGUUCCGGGGCUCCUACCACCGUCGAGCCCAAUCCGAAGUCCAAUUCCGGAUCCCCGACGACCUGGAUCUGCUCCCGGACCCGUUCGACGGCCCAUCCGGCAGCUUCGAGGAGCUGGGCGGCUCCGAGGACGACCUCUUCUGCACCUACAUGGACAUCGAGAAGCUCGGAUCCAAGCUCGACGAUGGACCCUCCGACCCAAAACUCGAGAAUCCCGGAGGCUCCACGGAGACAGGUGUCGAGCUUGGUGGAGAGAUGAGUGCGAGGCCGAGGCACCGGCAUAGCAACUCGGUUGACGCGUCUUUGGACAGCAUAGAGGCCAAGAAGGCCAUGGCUCCUGAUAAGCUCGCCGAGCUCUGGACUGUCGACCCAAAACGAGCUAAGAGGAUUUUGGCAAAUCGGCAGUCUGCUGCUCGGUCAAAAGAGAGGAAGGCCCGGUACAUCUCAGAACUUGAAAGAAAAGUUCAGACCCUACAAACAGAAGCUACUACCCUAUCUGCACAACUCACUCUGUUCCAGAGAGAUACAACAGGCUUAUCUACUGAGAACUCAGAGCUUAAGCUUCGGGUGCAAGCUAUGGAACAACAAGCUCAGUUACGUGAUGCUCUCAAUGAUGCACUGAAGAAAGAACUUGAGAGGCUCAAGAUUGCAACCGGGGAAGUACUAACACACACUGAUUCAUACAACAUGGGAAUGCACCAAAUUCCAUAUUCGCAAUCCCCCUUCUUUCCCAGUCAGUCACAAGCGGGGCAGCGUGAUUCCCAGAACAUUCACAUGCCACAGUUUCAUCCUUUCCAGCCAAAUAUGUCAGCUCCCCAUCAGCCUAUGCUUUCUGCAGCCCAGUCACAUGCGUGCUCAGAUAUGUUGCAGCAGGAUUCGAUUGGCCGAUUUCAGGGGCUUGACAUCAGUAACAGAGGUUCUCAUCUAGUGAGGCCUGAAGGGCCCUCCAUAUCUGCCGGUGAAAGCAACAGGAGAUUUUGA